AUGCAUCGAAUGAGGAUAAUAUUUGUUUCCCAAGCAUUCUCUUUACUAACAUUGCAACGAGUCGUUUAUUUUUUUCUGCACAGAGUAUCAAGAAGGGAUCUUUAUAAUGAAGGAGAGGAAAUAGAAGAAGAUAACAUCCAUAAUAACAGUGGUGCUACUAAUAAUGAAGGCCCAGAUGUAUUGAUACCGCCAACAGAAUUUGAAUUUGUUGAAGUUAAAAGAACUGACUCACCAUUAGGCUUUACGGCAAACAGCCAAGAUGCAGAUGAAGAAAGAGAGGAAAACAAAGACGAAUUUGAAUUCCCACUAUUCUCAUUUGGCGUUGUUGAAGAAUCGAAGGGCACAAUUGAAGAAAACCAAGGUGCACCAGAUGCGGAAAAGAAUGCGGAGGAACGUAAUCAAGUAAAGUUGAUGAGAAUCUCAUUGAAGGAGCCUGAGGAAGAAAUAAUUGACCAAAAAAGACCUAAAGAAUAUUACUUUACGAACUAUUCCGUGGAGCAAAGGCAACAGUUCCUACAAAGCUCUAUAGAUUAUGACACAGUACUGCAAGAAAGUGCAACAAUCCUGAAAGAUGAUCAACAUAUUCAUGAUAAAUGGCCUUAUUGCCAAGGUAAAAUAAUAAAUCUGCAUGAAUACAACUUGAAAAUCGAAUUACAACAGCAAAGUGAUUUGAAAAUUAAGAAAAGAAGACCAGGUCAAAAGCAACGUGCAGCUAGAAAAUUGGCGCUCGAAAGAAGCAAAGAACGUGAUGCCAAAGCUCGUGAAAUAAAGAAAAUGUUGAAGAAAAAGUUUCAUAAGCGUGGUGGGAAGAAGAACAAGAAAAAACCAGUUUUAAACCCACUGGCGAACGCUGCUAGUGCCCCUAAGUUUAGGACGGAAUGA